CGUUGCAGCAGGACUGCUUAGUGGAUAUGGCAUUCUCCUGACUACUGUGAUGCUCGCCUAUUUCCCUCUGCUGUUGGUGUCGUGCUCCGCCACUGCCGCCCUGCGUGGGGCGCACAGCCUCCCGUCUGCUCCCUUCGGCAGCCAUGCAUUCAUCAGCCCGAUGCACGGCGGGUCACACAGCCUGCUGGUCAGUGACAGGGAAACCAGCAAGGUAGCCUGGCUCUCUAAGUACAUGAGGCAUUUAGCCUGAUGUGAGAGAGAGAUGGUUUGGUUUCAUUCAGGCCAGGGUGCUCAAGGAGGGUGGGCCAGAUCUGAUGCUUGCUGAGGUGAGGGCGGCAGCAGCGUACGUCAGUCAAGCUACACACACAGAGAGACAGAUGGAUGAUAUCACCGAGAAUGAGUGUCCGCCCAUUAUGGAUGGAUGCUGCGGGUGCGGGUGCGGUUCGCGCAUGCAUCAGGUCGUCCGCCGGAUACGAACACACAAGUGCACACAGGUACUUAGGACAGACGAACCCGAGGGCUGGAGGGAGGGAGGGAGCUUGCCUUGGUGCGUGGUGACCAGCAGGUCAUGGAGGCUGCUGCGGAUGGAGGCAAUGGCGAUGACACGCAAACAGACGACCACGACACACAACCCGCUGGUACGCACACAUACUUUCCUUCCACGCCCCUUCCACGCCCCUUUUGACAGGUGGUUGUCCGUCGGUGUCUGUGCUGCGCUGUGCUACCUUUGCAGACGUUGCGGAGCAGACGAAAAUCAUGAAAUCGCUCGCAGACCUCGUGGAGACACUCAGGCCUUUGGGUGAGCUCACGGCGAAACUGGACGAACUCAAGUCGAUCCAGGAGGAGAUCAACUCGAUCCAGGAGGACAUCCUCGCCGUAUAUGAGACCGCCCAGCAGCUCAAGACGAAGCGUUCUCGAAAACUCCGCUCCGAGGAGGGAUCAGGGUAGGGGGCGUUCGGUCUUUGUAGUCAAGUCGGG